CACGUCAUUUUGUAAGGUACACUUACGGUACAACAGCUGUUGUACUUUCACACACUUGAAGCAUCAUUUCGUCGCAUUCCAAAUAAAAAAAGUACAGAAACAUGGCUUCGACUGCUCCGGUUAUCAUGAGAAUUAUGGCGUCUUCCAUACAGACAGCCAAACGAGCUGGUGGCAUCAUACGCGACGUCCUAAAACAAGGCGACCUAGGCAUCGUGGACAAGGGAAAAAAUGAUCCCCAAACGGAGGCUGAUCGUUCUGCCCAGCGGUGCAUUAUUGCCUCGCUGACGAAGAAGUUUCCCGGCGUAAAGAUCAUUGGCGAGGAAGGCGGCUCCGACUUAAACGUGUGCGAUGAUUGGCUGGUCGAAGAUUUGGAUGAAGAGUUUCUUCAGAAAAGCUGCCCGGCCGAAUGGCGUGAUGCAAAACCUGAGGAUUUUGUGAUCUGGGUAGAUCCACUGGACGGAACAGCUGAAUAUACACAGGGUUACGUGGAACAUGUCACCGUACUCAUAGGCAUAGCCGUCAAGGAUGCUGCGGUGGGCGGAAUCAUUCAUCAGCCGUUUUACCAGCAGCCCGAUGGUGAGCUGGGUCGCACCAUUUGGGGGCUCAAGGGUCUGGGCACGGGCGGUUUCACACAUUCGCUGGCUCCACCCGGAGAGUUCAUCAUAACGACCACACGAUCGCACUCGAAUGCCCUGCACCAGCAGGCACUCAAUGCAUUUCCUGCCACCAAAAUCCUGAAAGUGGGCGGCGCUGGAUUCAAGGUGUUGCAGCUGCUAGAGGGCAAGGCACACGCAUAUUUGUUUGCCACACCAGGAUGCAAGAAAUGGGAUACUUGCGCCCCCGAGGCCGUGCUGGAGGCACAGGGCGGCUUUCUCACAGACAUCAAUGGCAAGAAUUAUUCCUACAAUGCUGAUGUGGAGCACGUGAAUCGGCAGGGAGUGCUGGCCAGUGUGGGCGAGAAUCACUCGGAGCUGGUGUACAAAAUUCCCCGUAAGGUGCGGGAGGCUGUAGGAGUAUGAAUUCCGCGCUACGUUCAUCAAUUUAUUAGUUUAUUUUCCACUAAAAGUAAACACAUAUAUUAAGCGAUAACAGAAAAGUGCUGGGCAAAACGGACACAUGUGUAGAAGAGAAUAUACAAUGUUUCGGAAAUCAAUAGAAAA